GCCAUGGCUUCCUUAAACCAAUGGCAUCUCUUCCCCGAAACACUUCACGCCGUUGAACUCAUCGUCGCCAUCUCCAUCUUCAUCACCAUCCAUUCCCUCCGGCAGCGCCGCCGCCAUGGCCUCCCGUCCUUUCCGCUCAUCGGAAUGCUCCCUUCCCUCAUCCUCGCGCUCCGCCAGAACGUCUACGAAUGGAUCACAGACAUCGUUAUCGAACGCGGCGGCACGUUCAUCUUCCGCGGACCCGUGCUGACGAGCCUCCAUUGCGUUGUGACGGGGGAUCCGAGAAAUUUGGAGCAUUUGCUGAAGGGAAAGUUCUCUAGUUUUCCCAAAGGUCCUUAUUUUCAGGCGAAUGUGCGUGAUCUUUUGGGCGACGGAAUUUUCGCGGCGGACGACGAAGUCUGGCGCCGGCAGCGGAAGACGGCGAGCUUGGAGUUCCAUUCGGCGGAGUUUCGGGCAAUGACGGCGAAGUCACUUGUUGAGCUCGUACAUGACCGCCUAUUGCGUGUGCUUGAUGACGCCGCCGAUGACGGCCGAGGAGCCGCCACCGUCUUCGAUCUUCAGGACGUGUUGCUCCGCUUGACCUUCGACAACGUCUGCAUGAUCGCCUUCGGCAUCGACCCCGGCUGCCUGAGACCCGGUCUCCCUGUAAUACCCUUCGCCGCAGCGUUCGAGGACGCGACGGAGGCCACAAUACUGCGCUUCGUCACCCCCACAACAAUCUGGAAAACAAUGAAGUUUCUCGACAUAGGAAACGAGAGAAGACUCAGAAGAUCCAUAGAAAAAGUAGACGAAUUCGCAUACGAAGUGAUCAAAACCAGAAGGGAGGAGCUGAAUGCGAAAACUGGAAGGCUGAGCUCGGACUUAUUGACGGUGUUCAUGAAGGCGAAGGAUGAGGAAGGAGGGGAGAAGUACACGGAUGAGUUCUUGAGGGAUAUUUGUGUGAACUUUAUAUUGGCCGGGAGGGAUACGUCGUCGGUGGCGCUGGCUUGGUUCUUUUGGCUGUUGGAGAAGAAUCGAGGGGUGGAGGAGAGGAUAUUGGAGGAGCUGAGGGGGAUAGUGAAGGAGAGAGAGGGGGAGGAAGGCGGUGAUGGUGAGGUGGUUUUUCAGCCGGAGGAGGUGAAGAAGAUGGAGUAUUUGCAUGCGGCGUUGUCGGAGGCUCUCCGGCUUUAUCCGUCGGUGCCGGUUGACCAUAAGGAGGUUAUUGAAGAUGAGGUCUUCCCUGAUGGGACUGUGCUGAAGAAAGGAACAAAGCUAAUCUAUGCAAUCUACAGCAUGGGAAGAAUGGAGAGCAUAUGGGGAAAGGACUGCAGGGAGUAUAAACCAGAGAGAUGGCUUAAAGACGGCCGGUUUGUAAGCGAGUCGGCGUACAAGUUCUCCGCCUUCAACGGCGGCCCGAGACUCUGCCUCGGCAAGGAUUUCGCAUACUAUCAGAUGAAGUUCGUCGCGGCCAACAUAUUGCUUCGAUAUCAGGUCAGUGUGGUUAAAGGUCAUCCGGUCGAGCCUAAAAUGGCGCUCACAAUGUACAUGAAGUAUGGGUUGAAGGUGACACUACGAAGGAGAGAAUGAUCAGUCAGUAUUAUCAGGUGAUGGAAAUAAGCAAGGAGCAAAGGAGGGUUGUUUGAACAACUUGUUCUAGAUUAGUACAAAUAUCUGUUGUUUGAUAGGAGAAAGUUUGUGGGAGGGCAAGUCAAGGUGUGAAUUCUUGAUUUUCUUUUGUUCUAUUAUAUUUUUUUUUCUUAUACAUGUUUAUGUUUUACCAGUCAAGAUUUCCAUUACAUUGGCUGGGUAUGUAAGAUAUUGUGCUGUGGAAUAUAAUUAUAUUUGUUAUUAAGUGUCUUACAUUCAUCAACUAAGGUUUUGUUUGGGACGAUUUUCUUUCUGCUUCUUAAAGAAGUUUUUUAGCAUAAAAAUUUUAAGUUUUUACUAGAAAGCUGCUUUAUGAAACAGAAAGAAAGUCAUACCAAACGAAGCUUAAGAAUUUUACAGUUGAGAGAAUUCAGAGUAGAAUCUGGAAAAUGUUAAUGUCAUUGCAUUUCUUCAGAAAAGAAUAUAGCAAUAUUUGAUUCAAAACUGUUUGCUCGGCAAGAAAUACUAAAAAU